AUGGAGGUAUUACAGAAUUUGAAGACUAAUUUAUAUCAAACUUUUGAUAUUGAUUUACAGCAUGCGAUUCGUCUUAUCGUCAUUGUUGGAGGAUAUUUCUUCCUAAGGCAAAUUGCACAAAGAGAGUUGGCAAAGAGACAGCUUAAGAACCAAUUGGCUGAAAAAGAUGAUGAAGCCAUUCGUUCAGUUGCUGCUGGAACCUCAGAUGGCAGUACAGCAGAUCAAGGUGAAUCUUCAGCCAAUGGUUCUUCCUUCGGUUGGGGUAACAGAACUAGACAAAGAGUUAAGAAGCAAGAAGAACUACUCGAGUCUGAAAUUCAAAGAUUACAAGAGAAUGGCGCCGUCCUGGAUCCGGAAGACGAUAAGGAUAUCGAAGAUUUGCUCAUCGAUUAA